AUGGCUGACGCUGACCAAACCCAUCACCACAAGGUUGAGGGCUUGUUGCGUUCUGCCCCGAGUGACGAACAGCUCCGGGAGCAUGAGAUUACAGACCCCAACCAAGAGGUCUCGCGGCUGUCGAUCCGGGUCUUGCUGUCCAUUUCAUCCAUCAGCUUCAUCUUCUCGACCUCUCUCGGGACAUUCUUGUGCCUUGUCCCCGUGCUGGGUAAUAUCAAUGAAGACCUCGGCCCGGACCCGUCCUUCACCUGGAUCGCGUCGUCGUGGACCGUUGCAACCGGCGUGGGACUGAUUUGUGCCGGGUCGCUGUCAGACAUAUUCGGGCGCCGUUGGUUUACGAUCGGAACCGGGGUUCUCGGGGUGGUCGCGUCCAUCCUGGGACUGACCUCGCAUUCCAUCGGGCAAAUGAUUGCGACCAUGACGUUGUUUGGCUUGAAUCAAGCUGGAGCAGUGAAUGGCUUCGCCAGUGUUUCCGAGCUGGUCCCAACCAAAUACCGUGGCCCGGUGGUUGGCAUCAUGAACUUGACCGCUCUUCCGUUCGAUCUCUGUGGCUCACUGAUCGCCCGUUCGAUGAUCUUGAACACGGGACCGGGUUGGAAAUCGGUCUUCUGGAUGGCUCUGGCGGCCAACAUUGCUGGAACGGUCGCUUGCGCCGUCACAUACUUUCCCGCGAAGCCGUUGGCUGCCUCUGCCAGCAAAGGGUCCAUGAUCCGGGACUUUGACUAUGUUGGACUCGGUGGAAUCAUUGUCGGUCCGACGCUUGUCCUGUUGGGAGUCAUCUGGGUCCCGCAGUACGGAGCCACAAGUGCACAUUUCCUGGCACCGUUUCUCAUCGGCGUCGUGACUCUGGUCGCUCUGGGUUUCUACGAAGCCUACAUUCCCAAGGCCCCCUUACUGCAUCCCUUCCUGUUCAAACGCGUUCGCACCUUCACCAUGAUCUUGGUGGUGUCGUUUGUCGGCGGCAUGAUGUUUUACGCUCUCCAAGCCAAUUGGCCGACCUUCCUGACCAUCAUGUACACUGGAGACGACUUGCUCAAGGCUGGAGUAUACCAGACCAUCAUGGGAGCUUCCACACUCGCUGCAGGGGCGGGAUCGGCUGUACUCCUUCCCUGGAUCGGACCAAAGCUCGGCACGACCGCCCUCCUCUCCAUUGGGGUUGUCUUCGAAGUCAUUUUCAUUCCCUUGAUGAGCAUUGCCGGACCGCAUAACAAGGCUGCUGCACUGACAUUUUCGUUUUUCGCUGGAGUUGGCAUUGGGAUAACUACCACGUUGCCGAUCGUUUUCAUCUCGCUAUGUACACCGGAUGAGUGGAUCGGAUUCGCAACAGCAUCGAUGGGCUUGUCCAGAUACAUUGGAGGCUCGGCAGGCACUGCCAUUUACACCACUGUGCUUACAAGUAAAGCAUCGGGUUAUAUCCCCCAAAUGGUGACAGCAGCAGCUACACAGGCCGGGCUUCCCCUCGACUCCGUUCCGCUGCUACUGGGCCUCCUCACUGGAGCCAUGCCCGGGCAAACCCUCGCUUCAAUCCCUGGGAUCACGACGGAGAUAUUCCAAUUGGCGUAUUCAGCCUUCCAGGAUGCCUACCAGCAUGCCUUCCGCUAUGUUUUCUAUACCAGUAUACCUUUUGGUAUCGUGGCACUCCUCGCCGCUCUGGCAACCAAGGAUCUGUCCUCUCACUUGACAAUGAAAGUUGCCCAACGACUCGUCACCGACGUCAAGGCCGAGGACGCAACGGUGACGAAAGAUGCUGAGCAUGGCCCGAGUGACCACGAGGUCGAAAUGGUCGAGUCUACGACUCCGAAAGCUUAG